AUGGGCCGCCCCGCCGCCGCUGCCACGGCGCUGCUGUGCCAGCUGAGCCUCUCGGCAGCCAUCCAGUGGCUCGGGCUGGCUGGCAGCGGGGUGGCGUGGAACGAGAGCCAGCACUGCCGGCUGCUGGUACCCGAGCAGCUGCAGCUGUGCCGCCGACAUCUGGAGAUGAUGCCCAGCAUCGUCCGGGCCGCCCGCCGGACGCAGGAGCUGUGCCAGCAGAGCUUUGCAGACAUGAGGUGGAACUGCUCCUCCAUCCAGAGUGCCCCCAGCUUCGGCCCCGAGCUGCUCACAGGAACACGGGAAGCCGCCUUCGUGCACGCCCUGGCAGCGGCGGCCGUGGCUCAGGGCAUCGCCCGCUCCUGCGCCUCCGGAGAGAUCCCGCUGUGCUCCUGCGGCCCCGGCCCCUCCGAGCCCCCCGCUCCCGGCUCCCGCUGGGGCGGCUGCGGGGACAACCUGAGCCACGGCCUCCAGCUCGGAGCCGCCUUCACCGACGGCUCGGCCAGAGCCGGCCCCGGGGGCACGCCCGGGCUCAGGGCUGUGAACCGGCACAACGGAGCCGUGGGACGGGCGGUGCUCAGUGACUCCCUGGAUACCAGGUGUAAAUGCCACGGAGUUUCAGGCUCCUGCUCAGUGAAGACCUGCUGGAAAGGGCUGCCAGACCUGGGUGAAAUUGCCUCUGAUCUCAAAUCCAGGUAUCUGGCAGCCCUCAAGGUGACCCAUCGGCUCGUGGGACCCAGGAAGCAGCUGAUCCCCAAGGAAGGGGAUGCCAGGCCAGUGGCAGAGAUGGAUCUGGUUUAUCUCAUUAACUCUCCUGACUACUGCAGCCCAAAUCCCCAGCUGGGUUCUCUGGGGACACAGGACAGGCCGUGCAACAGGAGCUCCGUGGGCAGUGGCAGCUGUGACCUGCUGUGCUGUGGCCGUGGCUACAACACCUACACGGAGGAGGUGCAGGAGCGCUGCCACUGCCGGUACCGCUGGUGCUGCUCCGUGGUGUGCAGGCGCUGCCGGCGCAGCCUGGAGAGACACGUCUGCAAAUAA